CCGGGCGGUCGGGAGCCAGCGGCGAGGGUCGGCGCGCGGCGCAACGGAAGCCCCCCAUGGAGCUGUUCGGGGGCGUGGAGGGGGGGGCCACCCACUCCAAGGUCCUGCUGCUGAAUAAAAAAGGCAAGGUUGUAGCAGAAGCUGAUGGACCGAGCACCAACCAGUGGCUGAUUGGGCUGGAUGCAUGUGCAGAAAGGAUCAAUGGCAUGGUGAAUGAGGCCAAGAAGAAAGCUGGGGUCAAGCUCAAUGAACCGCUGCGCAGCCUGGGCCUGACCCUGAGUGGGGCGGAACAGAGCACUGCAGUGUCCUCCUUGACUGAGCGGUUGCAAAGCCUCUAUCCUGACCUGAGUGACAGUUACUUCAUCUCUACGGAUGCAGCGGGGUCCAUUGCCACAGCCACAGCCAAAGGUGGAGUGGUGCUCAUUUCCGGGACAGGCUCCAACUGCAAACUAAUCAACCCAAAUGGCUCUGAGCAAGGAUGUGGUGGCUGGGGACACAUCAUGGGUGAUGAAGGCUCUGCCUACUGGAUGGCACAUCUGGCAGUGAAGACAGUUUUUGACACCAUGGACAACCUGGAGGUGUCUCCACAUAAGAUAGACUACGUCAAAAAAGCCAUGUUUGACUACUUUCAGGAGUCUGACCGAAUGGGACUCCUCAACCACAUCUAUAGAAACUUCGAUAAAUCCAAGUUUGCCGGAUUUUGCCAGAAAAUUGCAGAAGGUGCUUAUCAGGGUGACCCCCUCUGCUGCCAUAUUUUCAGGAAGGCUGGAGAAGUGUUGGCCAAACAUAUACUGGCUGUGUUGCCCAAGAUCCACCCGACGCUUUUCCAGGGGCCAGGGGGCCUCCCCAUUGUGUGCGUGGGCUCUGUAUGGAAAAGCUGGGAGCUGCUGGAAGAAGCCUUUGUCUCCACCCUGGCCGAGGGAAAGAAGAUCCAGAAAGCCUUCUCCAGCUUCACCCUGUUCCAACUGAAGCAUUCCUCUGCCCUGGGGGGAGCCAGACUGGGGGCUCAGUUUAUUGGGGAGGUGCUUCCCCUGGACUAUGACAGCAAUGCAGAUAUUUUCUUUAAACACACCUUCUCUAGUUAGGGCUGGCCUUCCCACCUCAAGGCCAGUCAGUGCACAUUAGAUGCUGAAAAAUUGCAGUGCUUUUAUUACUCAAUAAAGAUAGCUAAAUUUUUUUAGUACUUUA